AACGUUUGCGCAUACGCGUUGCCUGUUCUGUUAAUAGGGUAUGAGCUUAGUUUGUGCUUGGUCUUUGCGACCAUAAAGUUGCCAUCUUGCCAACGGCUUUGCUUCUGUCGAGCUGAGCGUGUAGGUUUCUUCUGACGCCUCAACAAGUCUUAGCUGAAGCAAGGCAUUGCGGCAUCGCCUGGCUUCGGAUAGAACGUUGUUAGGGGGAGUAGGACUGGGCCUUUGGCCCAGCCUUACAUCUAGGUUUAAAUGGGGCUAACUCUUAUUAAGUAUCUUGGACUGAGCUUACUGGCAGCCUCAGCCGUGGUAUACCAUGCCUUCGCCACUCGGCAAUGUUUCUAUCGCAGCACAAUUUACUUGUCUUCUUCAAAAAUUGCGGUGGCAACCAUGGGCAAUCUUGCGUUUGCGCUGGCGCUAUGUACCCAUAAGUUGGUCAUUAAGCUCUUUUUAGGCAGUUUGCGCGACAUAGAGCAGGAAAUGAUUAGGGAGCGGCUCAGCAGCGCUGUCAUGGAGUCGCUGCUGGCGCUGACCAUAUUCCGUGAGGAGUUCUCCACAUUCUUCGUCGCGAUGUUUGCCAGCCUGGUGUUUAUGAAGGUUAUGCAUUGGCUAGUGCAGGACCGAGUCGACUACGUGGAGGUGACCCCGAACAUCUCGGUGCUGGGACACCUGCGCAUCAUAGCGCUUAUGGUGCUGCUACUGGCAGUUGACGCGGCCUUCCUGCAGUACACCAUUGCUGGCAGCAUCGAGUCCAGCGGCCGCUCCGUAAUGCUGCUGUUUGCCUUCGAGUACGUCAUCCAGGUCUCGACUAUCGUGCGUUACGCGCUCAAGUACGGUAUGAGCAUGGUCGAUUUGGCCAUGGAUGGAAACUGGACGGCCAAGGGCACCGCUGUGUUCUACCUGGAGCUGAUUGCGGACCUGCUACACCUGUUCGUGUACUCCACCUUUUUCGUCAUUGUGUUCAGCCACUACGGCCUGCCGCUGCACCUGGUUCGCGAUCUGUACAGCACGUUCCGCAACUUCCGCACCCGCAUGCAGGAUUUCCUGCGCUUCAGACAGGUCACCGCCCGGCUGGACCGCUUCCCGGACGCCACUUCCGAGGACUUGCGCCGCUGCGACGGAGUGUGCAUCAUUUGCAGGGAGGAGAUGGCUGAGGCGGGCGCCAACAAGCGGCUCUACUGCGGCCACGUGUUCCAUGUGCACUGCCUCAGGUCUUGGUUGGAGCGGCAGCAAAACUGCCCCACCUGCCGUGCAUCCGUCUUCCGUACACCCACCGCUGCCACCGCCGCCCCCAACGCCGCUGCGGCGGCAGCUCACCCCGCUGCAGCGGGCCCGCCAGCUCAGGAGCAGGGCGCCGUGGCUGUGGCAAACGCGGCACCUGCAGCAGUCGCGGCGGCAGGUCCAGCAGAGGGAGUGGCUGACGCCGACACCGAGCCCCGCAUCCUGCACCCGCCCGCGGCAGCCGGAGCAACGGGGGCGGCAGCGGCAGGUACUUUGCGUCACCGUCAUGUAAGCUCUGGCGGCCCUCCUGCCGCCGCCACAACAUCAGUGGCAGGGCAAUCCGCCGCACCAUCCUCCACAAGCGGAAGUACACCAUUGGGGCCGUCUUCCACCGCGGCGGCGACGGACCCAAGUGCUGUUUCCGCUCUGGCUCCUGGCACCAGCCGCAUUGCAGAUUCUGCCGCUGUCCCUGUCCCGUCCGCUGCUGGGGCUGCCCCUGCUGUUGAGGGCCAGGGUGGCGGAGGCGCGCAGCCCCGCAUGGAGCAGCUUCUGCUGCAGGGCGCACUGCAGGUGCUGCGCGCCCAGGAGCAGCAGCUGCUGCAGCGCCUCGCCGCCCCCUCCCACAGCGCUAGCAGCCGCCGGCAGCACCCCCACCCACGGACUAGGCCAGCAGCCUCUGAUAGUGCCUCCACCACCUCCUCCAGUGCCUCCACUGCUGAUCAUCUUCCGCAGGUGGAGAUGGCCUACAUCACUGCCACUGCUGCAAAGCAGGAACUGAUUUUCCUGCGUGCCCGCAUAUCGCAGUUGGAGGCGGUGCAAGCAGAGCUGAGGGCUGCGGGGCUGAUCACGGCGGCGGCGGCAGUGGAGGGCGGCAACAGCAGCAGUGGUACUGCGGCUGCCCCUGCACUGGUGUUCCCGCAGCAGCAGCAGCAUGGGGGCCUGCUGUGGCCGCCAGUAGGCCCAGUAGCAGCGGCCUUCCCAGCAGCAGCGGUCUUCCCGCCCAUGCUGUCACCACCGUUUCCGGGCAUGAUGGUCCCGGUUAUGUUGCCUGUGCCCUUGCCGCCAGCAGCUACCGUAACAACACUAGAAACGUCGGCGGUAGCUGCAGCGUCAGCAGCUGCCGCGGCCAAGGGAUCAGCAAAUUCUCCGCAGCACCACCAGAUGGCUGCAGUUGCUGCGGCAGCUGCUGCUGCUGCCAUGGCCACCGUGUUUGGAGGAGCCGCCUUCCUGGAUAGUAGCGGUCACGGUGGAUUCCAAGCUGCAUCUGUGAACCAUGGGUCGGCACCCUUGCUGGCCCUGCGCCAACCCAUGAGUCAAGGGGACGCCAGCGGCGAAUCAGCAGCUGCUGCCUUCUCUGCGCUUGCUGCCAAGGCAACCAAUAGAGCCGACCCUGAAGGAAUGAGCAGCGCUGGGACAGCCGCCACCGCCGAAGCUGUCCGUGCUGCGUCCAGCGGGCUUCCCAAGACUGCGGCCGCCAAAGCAUUCUCCACCAUCCAGCUGCAGGAACAGACUCCAGGGGAAGGAGACAGCGCAGAGGCAAAUGCGCAGUAAGGAGAGGCGCUCUGUGUGUUGAAAAGCUGGCCUCGAGUAGGAAUGAACUGUAAUUGCCAGAUGAAGUCCCAACCGCAAACACCACGAAUGUGCGUGUUUGUGUGCGGCAGUGUUUUGGUCAUGGUUCAUGGCCGCUCCUGUUGCGGGUGGAGAGUGCUGCCUUGAGAAGUGCUGGAGGCUGGAAGGUGGCGUUGUAAGCACGACACUACGGGCUUGUGGCUGGCACCAUGUUUGCACAAGGAUACCGGUAAGGGUUGAAUGUAUAGUUUGGUUGUGUGAUAUCAGUUACCACUAGCUUAGCCGAGCCGCGGUUAUGUACACCGUACGAACAGCGCACUAUUGUCCUCAAGCUAGCAAGUUGUCAUAGCGGUUGACAAGGCGGUUGAGUGGGCGCCUAAUGUGGCUCUCAACACAAAAGGCACGUAGUGACAGAGCCGCUGGGGAAAGGUAGGGCAGUGAUUGGUUGCAAGCAAAUGGAAGCGGUACCCUGCGGUUGCCUGCAUGGCAUUUUGUUCAGAAUGAUGCUAUAUUCACUGUGAAGUGGAGGAGGGCAUCUAACAAAGGCUGACCACAUUGUGUGUGUCCCGCACAUCCAUUCCAUCUUGCAGUGCUGAUCGCUAGAUUGAAAGGAACAGCAACUCACCUCAUGCACGGGGGUUUAAACCUACCUAAUGCAAGGGGCAGGCACCCUUCUUCAUGCAAAGGGGCCGCACCCUGCCUUGUGUGCGGGGGCUCUCUUCCCACCUAACACCCUGCAUCAUGCACAUGGGGUUGCACCCUGACUAGUGUGCUCGGGGUAACAACCCGCCUCGUGAAGGAGGGGUCACACCCCACCUCAUGCAAGGGGGCCGCACCCUGCCUUUUGCACUGGGGGUUGCACCCACCUUGUGCACGGGGAAUAGCACCCCGCCUUAUGCUCAGUGAGUUGCACUCUGCUUGUGUACUGGGGUUCGCACCUUCGUUUUGUGCGGGCUGCACCCCACCUCAUGCACCCAACAAUCUGGAAGGGAGAUGUGUUUGCUUUGACGUGUUUUUUUGCAUGUAUAAUCCUUGCAACACCGGCAUCAAGAGGG